AUGCAAGUGUUGGGCAUAUCAACCACGACGCUUAAUGAGCUGGGUUCCAACCUGGAAGACAAAUCUGCAUCUCCUCCGCGGCUACAGCUUCAUGGUCGAAUUACAGUGUCUGACCAAGACGGGUCUUUCGACACGGUCAGAAUUCGCUUGCGAGGAGCAAUCCGGACCAGGAUUGGCGGUCAAGUUGCGGUCGAAAAGCUCCCGCCCUCAACCGAACUGCGGUCGAACCUCGACUUCAAGCCAGUGUACUCCGCCUCUCAACCAGCUACCGACGAACAGCAUCUCGACUUUGUUUGCCCAAUCCCCUUCACAAAAGACCGACAGAAGUCUUCGUUCUCGGAAAGGGGCCUCGGUGGGCGAACCGUAUCUUCUUCACCAAGUGGCAUGCUCAACGCUUUCGUCCCCUCCCUGCAAAUCUCUGGCUCGACAUACAUUACGCGUGUCACGGCCUUGACGGACAGGCACGUCGUUCGAGGAUCAUGCGAUGUUGUUUACUGGCUCGAAGCCGAGCUCUUGCGGUCCGGCUCGCGUGAUAGCAUACGGAAACUGACCUGUGCAGUCGACGUAUCCUCGCUGGCCAUGCCAAUGGAGGUCGAAGUCUCUUCUCCCUCCAAUGACCUAGAUCACGUCGAGCAACUGGCCAAGCCGCAGCAAAUGCGACCAAUCCACAAAUUCUUCACUUCUCAGACUCGCGCGCGGUUAUCCGUCCACAUACCUAAACGUUUGGGCUAUCUCCGUUCCGACUCGUCCAGCCUGGCCACUGGGUGUCGUCGGCUAUCGAUCCCCGUCACAGUUGAUGUCGAUUUACCUCCGCCUUCGAACUCGAGCCAGCAACAGGAAGGACGAGAAUCAACACUAAUGCAGACACAAGGUCUAAAAUGCUCGGUCAGAGCGAAAUGGUUCACCCGCAAGACCUUUACCACCGGCCCGCCGGCCCCCGAAUCUGUCAUUAACAACACGACCGUUUCGACCCAGGAUCUGGUGAUGACUUUGCCACCUUUGUACAGCAACUCGCCAGUCUCCAUCCCAAAUCUAAUCUCACCUACGUCGGCGAGUCACUCAAAUUAUUCGACCUCGAUGGACCUGGAUCUUCUUCUACCCCAAUCUGUCGCUUGUCCUUCAGUCUCCACAGAACUCUUGGAUAUUGUUUAUACUCUGGACUUGUCUUUGAAAUUCGAGUCGGAUGGACUGUCGAAGGGACCUUAUGUGGCCAAUUUCAGCCUCCCGGUGACAGUACGGUCGGCCCGACCAUAUUCGACUGUUGGUCGACACUGUUUUGAUCCUCUGCUGGGGUAUAUCGAGGAAGAUGAUGAGGAGCUUCUUUGUGCUCCGCCUGUAUAUGUACCUUGA